GGGGGGUCCAGCGCUGAUCCGCGAAAUCCCCGCGGACCUCAGAGUCUUCAUGUUUAUGCCUUCAUUGCGUGUUCCCGUAACUCACUUCCCUCUCGCCGCGCCGCCUAGCUUAGGUUCCUCCAUGGCUGCGCAAUCAACGACCCACCACACGCCGCGAGAGCAACUCUCUCUGUGGCUCCUACCCACUACACGCCCUCAGCCCUGAGGCAGCCGGCCAGGUCAGGACAGCGAGUAGCCAUCGGCCACAGGAGCGGUGCACUUGCCCGACGGAAGCACGAAGGGCUUGUCCUUGUACAUGGCCACCCCUCCCUUGCUGUUGAAGUGCGGCUGGCACUUCGAGAACAGUUUCUUCUUGUCACAAGGUCCAGGCUCGGCCGGUGGGUCCAUCGGCAUGUCGCCAAACACUACCCUGUCACCUGGUUUCGCGCCCUCGGGGACUUCGACGAACUUCACGUCGGAGUGGUCCGCGCUCGAGGCGCACAGCACCAUCCCGUUGCUUGGAAACCCUGCCAGCUUCUUGGGCUUCAGGUUGGCCACGACCAGCACCUGCCGGUCGGGCCGAAAGCUUUCUCAUUUCUACCUCGCCCCCCUCUGGGCAGGAGGUUGGGCACAACCAGAAACUGGAACUGUGGCUGCAAUCGACCCCACCACACUCACUUCUGGAGCAAAAACACCACGGCCAGGAAUCUCGGACUCUACCCCGUGAGUGCGACUGCGCAGAACACCCGGAAAGGGAAGAAACAACAAGAAGAAGACGAGGGACGGAUGAGGAAGAGGAGACGCCGAGGCCACUAGAGGGGGAGGAUGAGAAGGAGGAGGGAGGAAGGAGGAGGAGGAGGAGGGAUGGGGAAGGAAACGCGCGAGUGGUGCUCUUUUUAAAGGAGAACCCAACAGAGGAGGGUUUGGGAACAAACCACACAGAGAGCGAGAGAAAGGGGGGGGGAGAGAGAGAGAGAGAGAGGGAGAGAAACACAAACACUGAGAGAGAGAGAGA